AUGAGCGUGCCCACCCGACAGGCGCGGCUUCAAACUUUAGCUGCCUGUGUACUGGUCGCCCUCGCGUCGGGCUGUUGUGUUAAUUUGGAUGGGAGACAGGUCUAUUCGGCUUAUGCUCCGCAGCUGGGACAUAAGUUGAACUUGAACCAUACUCAGCUCAAUGUGAUUGGGAUUGCGGGGAACAUUGGGGUCUAUUUCUUCGCUCCAAUAUCUGGCUGGAUUGUAGAUAGGAGGGGCCCAAAGAUCCCACUCUUCGUUGCCUCUGCUCUUCUCUUCCUUGGAUAUGGCGGUAUCUCAUUCCUGUUCUCCAAUACCAUCCCCCAAGUGAACAUUCCCAACUCGUGGCCACUAACCCCACUCGUCUCGGCACUUACUCUUUGCAGUUUUGCGACCGGUGUAGCAGGAAGCGCUGGAAUCAUCAGCGCAAUGAACGCUGGUGUUCGAGUAACGGAAGACAAAUACCAUGCCUCGGCUACGGGUGGAAUCAACUCCGCUUUUGGUCUUUCCGCAUUCUUCUUUUCGACCCUCGCGCGGGAGCUUUUCCCCGGGCGAACGGGUGCAUUCUUGACUGUGCUAUGUUUAGGAACUGGAAGUGCGGUUCUGCUUGGCGCUAUUCUUGUUAGACCACCUCCGCUUGGACCUAUCCACUUGGAGACCGAAGAAGAUGGGGAGAACCAGGAACGGGAGGAGGAAUCUGAGAGGGAGGAAGAGCGACGGCCGUUCUGGACUGAGCAUACCCCGCUGCGAACCGGGACUGUUGACGAAAGCAUUCUCUAUGGAGAGCAGAACCCGUGGGCGAGCCAAGCUGCUACACCAAAUGCAAGUGGAGCUGCGACGCCCAACACUAACGGGUCAAGGAUUGACAAGGCGGAGGAUGUGCAUGGGAUAGCAUUAUUUACUUCGUUGGAUUUCUUAAUUAUCUUUGGGAUAGUCGGUUUAUUGGGUGGCCCAGGUUUGAUGUACAUUAACAAUGUCGGAUCAAUCGUUCAGGCUUUAUUCGCCUCGGCUGGUGAAGGGUGGAGCAGGCGAGAGGCCGAAAAAGCCCAGGCGAGCCAGGUCGGAAUAAUUAGCGUUUGUAGUUUCGUAGGCAGAUUUGUGAUCGGCUUCCUUGCCGAUCACCUCUCUCAUAACCACACGAUCCCCCGCACCUCCUGUUUGUUGCUCUCCGCGACUAUCGGGAUCGUUGCUAUUUCGCUCCUCUUAAAUGUGACCGACGUGAGUAGGCUAUGGUACGUAAGCGGACUUUGGGGCAUAAGCUACGGUACCGUAUUUGCCUUAUUCCCCGCGUUAGUUCUCGAACGUUUCGGAAUGCCACACUUUGCCCAAAACGCCGGUCUCAUGGGCAUUGCGGCGAAAAAGGCCCUAUUUGGAAACGUCUACAACUAUACAUUUGGAAGAAAUUUCGACAAUCACUCCCAGCCUGCUUUCCUCGAACCUGUUGAACCUGUUGAACCGGUCGGAGAGGGAUUGAUAUGUCUGGAAGGCAGGGGUGCUAUAUCACAAGUAUCUAUGUUGCACUGGGCUAAAUGGAGCAGACCGCCACACUUGGACAUCUGCGAAUGGACGAAUUCGUCUAAUGUAUCGAAUAAUUACUUCUUCCUGGAGGUUCGGACCGCUCAUUUCGGCAGAAUGUCGUCUCGCGGUAUCCAAUUUCCCAACAGCGUCGAUAGGUCCGGAGCGGGGCGCUUUAUCACCUUCGUACUUGACUGCGAGUCAUGGGGAUAUAAAUUCACGCUUGCCGGGUUGGCAAUUGUCCAACCCAAUGUAGACCUAUCCCAACAGCACGUCAAGCCACCCAGAUCAUCAGGCUUCUACGCCGCAAACUCGAGUGCAGCAGUCUCAUUUGACCAGCAUUCGCUAUUAUUAGACGGGAAACGGAUUAUGGUGUUUAGGGGGGAGUUUCAUCCGUUGAGGUUACCUUCUACUGCGCCUUGGCGGGAUGUUUUGGAAAAGAUGAAGCCUGCGGGUUUCGAUGCGGUGUCCAUUUAUUUCCAUUGGAGACUUUCCGAAUCCAAACGGGCCAAUCUUAAUUUCGAAGGAUACCUAUCCGUCACUCGGUUUUUGGAAAUAGCAAAAGACGUAGGGAUUCUCGUGAUUGUCAGACCAGGACCAUACAUUAAUGCUGAAACAACGGGCGGAGGAUACCCCGGCUGGUUGACCAAUGUUCCAGAUACGGCGCGUUCCAACGGUUCGGACUUUACACCCGCCUGGAAACCGUAUAUCCGGGCUGUGUCGGAGUAUACAGCACCGUAUCAGUACCCGGAUGGCUCAGUUAUUUUGGAUAAAACUACGUAUUGGCAUACUGAUCGUAUGAAGUGGGUUAUUGAAGAGAUGAGAUCGAGUGGGAUUACCAGAGUGCCAAUUACUCACAACGAUCGCAAACCAGAUGGGCAAUUCGCUUCGGGGCCCGCGAAAGUUGAUUUGUAUGCGUGGGAUGCAUAUCCUCUUGGAUUCGACUGUUCUAACCCCGAUGUUGGUCCGGACUACGAAGAGUGUUAUAAAUUGAUCAACGAGCAGGUUUAUUCAGCUUCUGGUAAUAAGAUUGGGAUUGUGGCUGACUCGCUGGUUCAGUUUGCCAAUGUCUUUUAUAAGAACAAUUAUGCGGCUGGAACCUACCUUCAAAAUCUUUAUAUGACAUACGGUGGAACUAAUUGGGGGAGCCUGACCACUCCUACCGUAUACACUUCUUACGAUUAUACCAAGCCCGUCUCAGAAGAUCGCUCUUUUACUGCCAAGUACUCUGAGAUCAAGCUGCAGGCGUUGUUCUUGCAUGGUACACCGCACUACCACCUCGCCGGUCGGAUCAGCACCGACGCUACCCAUGCUUCGCUGAAUUACAUUUGGACAACUCACCUUGCUACUCCCAAGGGCCAGAAUCUUUAUAUCAUUCGUCAGACGAGUACGACUAGGACAGGGCGCGCAGAGUUUGACUUCAAGGUGAAUACGACUGCUGGAGAAGUCGUAUUGCAUAGUGCUGCUUUGAAUGGGAGAGAGAGCAAGAUUAUUGUUAGCGAAUAUCCAUUUGGAAAUAUUCUGUUGGCAUAUAGUAUCACCGCCCUUCACACCAGCUCUACUUCCAAACCCAUCGUCUCUGGCUCUUCCUCCGUUACUGCUUCCAUAUCCAACGGCACAGCUCUCAUCUCUGGGGUCCCUUUAUCCAAUGGCCUUGUCCGUGUCGCGGUUGGAAAUACCAGCGUCCCGCGAACAGGUAGCGUGCUGGUCUUUGGACCAUACUUGGCUCGGAACGCGACGAUCAACGGCUCUACGCUCGAUAUCACCGGAGACGCCCAGUCCGCCACAACGUCCGAACUUGAAGUCCUCGCUCCCUCUGUUAUCGAGCAUGUGACUUUCGACGGACAGCCCGUGACCGUGUCCAAGUCGACGACGGGAACGCUGAAGGGCUCGAUUCGCAAGUGUACAGAUUCGCUUCCUGAAGUUGCGCUCGACUUUGACGACCCCGAGUGGAUUACUGCAGACAAGACUUUAACUUUGCGGCCGGCUAGGUUUAGACCGCUUGCUGGAAAGACGGUUUUAUACUCGGGUCACGUCGUGUAUCGCGGGAGAUUUGAAAGAAAUGCCACGGGCGUUAGGCUUUUCGUACAGGGGCUACAAUUUCGGGUUCUCCACUUUUUGAACGGUCAAUUUCUUGGCUCGGGCCAGGGACGAGCUGCGACCGACCCAGCUGGACAAUUAGACCUCAUCUGCGACGUUUACCUUUUCCGAUCAUGCGGUCAAAGAGGAGAAUGUGGUUACUGUUGUGAUAGACAACAUGGGAUUGGAGCAAGACUAGACUUUGGGCGGUGCCUUCGGGGUUGGACAUUUAACGAAUUAUCGAAUUUUGUUGAUGGAAAGGCUAGGCUCCCCGUGGGAUUCGUGGGGACCGUCGACGGGGAAGAUACGAGGGAUACUCUCCGGGGGCCCAUGAACCAAGGAGAACUAUACACCGAACGCACCGGGGCAAUCUACAGCCACUAUUCCACCACCUCGUGGAACUCGACCGGCUGCUCUCCAUCCGCGGGCAUCACCCUCGACCGAGCGGGCACCACGGCAUACAAGACCAAGUUGACGCUCGAUAUCGACAAGCACGCGGACGUGCCGCUCGCGUUUCGGUUCGAGCGGACGUUGGGUAAGAGUUAUCGUGUGAUGGUGUAUGUGAACGAAUGGCAGUUUGGGAAAUUUGUUUCUAAUUUUGGGCCGCAGACUGUUUAUCCUGUUCCUGAGGGUAUAUUGGACCACCGUGGAGAGAACGAUGUGGUGCUGGUUCUUUGGUCGCUUGAUGGUGCCGGUGCCAAGGUCGCAAAUGUCGAACUGAUAGCGACGAACGUCUUGUUCUCGAGCAAGGAGGUUAUAAACGGACUAGUCAAUUGA